CCUUCCCACACAGGGUCAUCAUAUGCCCUGCCCCGAACCCAAAGCAACCGUCCUCGGUCUCUGUGUGUAAAUAUAGUCAAGCUCGAAUCCUGUAUAUAACGCUCGCUAAGGAUACAGGCUGUAUGACAAGGAUCGUUGUUCGUCAACCCAGUUUCGUCAGUUUCUUUGCAAUCCGCUUGCCAUGUCUUCCGCCAGGAUCGUCCUCUACUCCUCCGCCAAGUGCCCCUUUGCACACCGCACCAGGAUCGCUCUCAAGGUUGCAGAUGCCUCGUAUGAGCUCUCCGAGAUCGACCUCCGAUCGAAACCCAGGUGGUACACUGAGAACGUCAACACUGCCGGCAAGGUCCCCGCCCUGAGCUAUGGAGCCCCCGCAGAUUCGUCGGUCGAGGAUCCUCCCAAGGGCGUCGUCGUCCUGCCCGAAUCCGGGGUCAUCGUCGACUUUGUCGCCAGCCUCUUUCCUACCAUCGAUUAUACCGACGUGGUCAAACGCGCCCAGGCGAACUUGGCGGCUGUGCAAUACGAGACCCUUGUCGCACCGCACUGGGGCAAGUUGCAAUGGGGUGGUGGUAGCCCCGAAGCUCUCGAGGCCGUCUUGAAGGGACUAGGCGAGUGGACCGCCACAUACCUGCCCGAAUUCAUGGUCUCGGGCGAGGAAUUCGGCGUGGGCGAUAUCAAACUCGGACCUUUCGUCACCCGACUGUUCUUGUUCUCCGAGCACGACGUAGGGGUCUGGCCGGAGGGCACGGGCGACAAGAUCACCCAGGCUCUGCAGGGAGAGGAAUUUGCCGAUCUCCGCCAGUACGCCAAACGUCUUGGCGAGUGGGCCGACUUGAAGAAUACUGUCAAUGAGGAUGACGUCGUCGACGCUCUUGGCAAGAUGAUGAAGGGAAUGUGGGCCGCUAGGCAGGCCCCCAAGCAGUAGUAGCGAGAGGCGAUGUCCUGUCCCGGCCCCUGCAUCUGGUUAUCUUGUGUAUGUGUUUCGCCGUCGGGAUGGGCCCCCUUUGUUAGUGUUCGCAUGAUUAUUAUUCCAUCGUCCGACGUUUCGAGUAGAGGUGCGAGAGUUCCCGAGCACAGGAGAGUCGGCUGUUCACCAAGAAACAUUAGGGAGCAGAGCGAGCGCUCGUCGCCAUCGCAGUCUUCAAAGUGCCCUGGGACGGAGAGGUCGACAGGUGCCGAACGAUCAGC